AAUAUAUAAGGUGUACUUUAUUACUCUUAACUUUACAAGCAACUAAAGCAAUUAGAAAGAGAUGAAGGUCUUCAAUUGGGUGCAACGUCGAUUACUCAAUGUUCAUUCAUGCACAAACUUUCCACAAGAAAAUGGAGAACUAGAAGAUAGUCAUGAUGCACAUAUGGUAGUGAAUAUGCUCGACCAUUGGAAUGAUGGUAUCCUAGCCAUUGGCACACUUGCUAUUGGUCCCUUGGAGAAUUGUGAUGAAUAUGAUAUCAUUGAGGAGGUUAAUGAUGGUCAUGAUAAAGCAAUCACCAAUUAUGUUCAUGAUCAAGAUGUUAUGGAUGAUCAUGAUAUCAAAGAUGAUAAUCAUGAUAAUGAUAAUGAUGAUGAUGAUGAUGAUGAUGAUGAUGAAAUGAAUCCAUUAAUGAAGGUUGACAUUUUUAGCCAUGAAUUGGAGAAAUUUAUUGGUGCAAACCAUGAAAUCACAGAGGAAGAAGUUGUUGAGCAUGAAGGGCAAACUAACAAGAGAAGAGUGACUCUUGCUGAUCUCUUCUUGGAGGAUCCUGAUCAUUACCACCCUGUGCAAGUAUUGAAGGAGCUGGAUAAUGAGGAUCAUGGUCAUGAUGAUGAUGAUGAUGAUCAUGAUGAUGAUGAUAAUGAUCAUGAUCAUGUUAAGGAUGAUGUUAUCGUUGAGAAGAAAGGUCUCAAGAUGAUCAUAAAACCAACUUCUCGCGUUAAAAAUCGUCUUUCUAAAGCCAAAAAACUUGUCAUGGAGGAAUUGCACCCACUCAAGAAGUUUAACAAACUUGUGAAAAGGAUUAUGAAGAAGAAGAUUUAUCCAGAUCUCGAAGGAAAAACAAAGGACAAUAAGAUGCAGCAAAGCUACAACUCCACCAAUGAGCAAGAUGUAGCCAAUCAUGACUCAGCCUCUUUGCUUCUUGUUCAAGGCAAUAUGGUUUGAGCAGCAGACUGAUGAAUGAUGAUGUAUCUCCAAGCUAAGGAAGUGUACUAUUGCCAUAUCGACGAUUAAUGAAGUGAAGUAUAUAUGAUGAUCAGAAAGUUCAGGAGAUUAGACAUCCCCCUUUCGAACUUGAGGUUUAUUUUGAGUUCGAGCUCAACAAGGCUGUGGGUGGGAAUGUGUUAGAUUGUACGUAGUUUUUAUGAGAGAAUGGAGUUGUACUUUACUAAGAUUUAAACUUUAAAGGACGUACAUGUUUCAGAUGCAAUAUUUAAGUGUAUGCAUGCUUCCUUUAAUUUUCUACAAUUUUUAGGCUUUUCACGAAACUUAUGUUAUUUAGGGGAUGACAUCUGUUGUUUAUGGCUAUCGUUGUUUUUGGAUGCUUAAUGUCGAUCUUUGUUGCUAGA